GCAUUUAUGCCAUUGUGCCAAAAGGUGUAGCAACCGCCACGUCGCGCCACAUGAAGCCAUGAGACCUCCUCUUUCGUUGGCCGGUGCUUCGUCUUCUGCUUCCUUUUCCUCGUGAAAGCUUCAUUCUCUCAUUGUUUUCUUAAUCAGAUUACGGCCUAUUUGGCUGCAAAAGAAUCCCCAGAGUCCGCCAUGGACAAACUCUCACAAGCCAAAAGGGAUCAGUUGAGGGAUUUGGGUUGCAAGGAAUCAGGUGAAUUUAGUCCCAGAAAACUCGAUUCCAAUGACAGUAAGAAAAGCUACUCUAACAACGACGUCAUCCCUCAUAUUCUAAACCUAUAUGGAUCUUGUGCAACACCUCGUGACUUUGAAAUUUAUGCUCCAGAUGCUUCUUUUGAAGAUCCGCUCAUGUGUGCUAAAGGGGUGCAGCAGAUAAAAUCAGCCUUCUAUUCACUUUCUAAGGUCUUUAGUGAAUCAAAAAUUGUGGAAUAUAGUGUUCAAGAAAAUCUCAUUUCACCAGGAAAGCGAGAGAUAUUAAUUGACAACAAGCAGCACUACAAGUUCUUGGGGAAAGACAUAGAUGUGAUAUCACUCAUCAAGCUGAAUUUAGCAGAUGGAAAAGUGGUUCGCCAUGAAGAUUGGUGGAACAAGAAGCCUCUUUUGAGCCGGGAGACAGCAAAACUACCACUCGUUGGCCAACUUGUCGAAACGGCUCGCAGGGGUUCAAUGCUGGUAACACAUGCAAUGAUGAGGUUUGGGAAGGAUCCAACCGUGUAAACUAUAGAAACCAUCGAUGGAAAUUUGUUUUGCGACUGUUUAUGGUCGCAGGUCUUAGUAUUUGUUUCUUGCUUAGGGAUUUCCACAUUCUGAUUGUUGUGUUAUUCAUUGUGCAUGUUGUAUGUUAUAGACUAGGAAACUAUGCAGGCUUUAGGCAAAUUCAGUUGAGUUUUAUCUGCUUGCUGGCAGAGUUGAACAGCCAUGCACUGAUCUUCACUUAUUUGUGCCUGAAAUUGAAACGACUAUGUAUAAUAGAUCUAUAGUUACCCUUCAUGAAGUUAUAUUUUGUGG